AUGGCGAAGCUGAUGUGCAGGUGGGACGGCAUCUACUCCAUCGUGGCCAACUCCCCCGGUUACGGCUACGGCCACAACGACUACGGAUUUGCUGCGGAGGCCUCCCGUUCGUUCACGCAAGCCAGCGCGCCUGUCAUCAUGAACGACGCCGAGGAGGUCAGGGCCUCAGUGACCGUCCAGUUCACCUACUCAGGGUGCAUUCACUCCUAA